UCAGAUUCCUGGCGGCUCCUGGUAGGGCCGCACCUUUUCACGAAACCCCAGCGACCCGCCGAGGGUGCGCCCGCGUGUGCGCGAGGCCGCGUGGUAAUUGGUCCCCGCGCCGACCUCCGCCCGCGAGCGCCGCCGCCUCCCUUCCCUACCCCCGGCACCACCUCCCUGCCUGCGCGUCGCCGGCCCUGUGCGCCAGUCGCUGACAGCCGUGGCGCGGGGAGCUGCUGCUUUUUCUACGGAGGCAGGACUCCUGGAUAUAUUUGAAAACUCAACAGUUUGAGCCAAGCCAAGGCAUUCUGUCUUCCGGGAGGCACACGUCUGGUUUAGCUGAGCCACAAAUAUAAGUCAUCAUGGUGAAAAGCCACAUAGGCGGCUGGAUCCUGGUUCUCUUCGUGGCCGCAUGGAGUGACGUGGGCCUCUGCAAGAAGCGACCGAAGCCCGGAGGAGGAUGGAGCACUGGGGGGAGCCGAUACCCAGGGCAGGGCAGUCCUGGAGGCAACCGCUACCCACCCCAGGGCGGUGGUGGCUGGGGGCAGCCCCAUGGUGGCGGCUGGGGACAGCCCCAUGGUGGCGGCUGGGGGCAACCCCAUGGUGGCAGCUGGGGGCAGCCUCAUGGUGGCGGCUGGGGGCAACCCCAUGGUGGUGGCACCCACAGUCAGUGGGGCAAACCCAGUAAGCCAAAAACCAACAUGAAGCAUGUGGCAGGAGCUGCCGCGGCGGGGGCGGUGGUCGGGGGCCUGGGUGGCUACAUGCUGGGGAGCGCUAUGAGCAGGCCCCUCAUUCAUUUUGGCAAUGACUACGAGGACCGUUACUAUCGAGAAAACAUGUACCGUUACCCCAACCAAGUGUACUACAGGCCGGUGGAUCAGUACAACAACCAGAACAACUUUGUACAUGACUGCGUCAACAUCACGGUCAAGCAGCACACGGUCACCACCACCACCAAGGGGGAGAACUUCACUGAGACUGACAUCAAGAUGAUGGAGCGCGUGGUGGAGCAGAUGUGCAUCACCCAGUACCAGAAGGAGUACCAGGCUACCUCCUACCAGAGAGGGGCGAGCGUCAUCUUCUCCUCCCCGCCUGUGAUCCUCCUCAUCUCCUUCCUCAUUUUCCUCGUCGUGGGAUGAGCACAGCCUCCCUGUGUUCUCUGUCUUCGUCAUCUCCCCGUUGGGGUUGGGGGCAUCUCCCUGCAGCCCUUUAGUGGGGAGGUCUCAUUCUUGCUUCUCUCUUCAUCACACACAGGCUAAUACCCUUGGCAUGAUGGCUCUGGGAAAUGUACAUGCUAUUUAUUCGAGCCCCAUUAGACUGAGUCCUUUAGGGCCCUGGGCCAGUGCCAGGAUGGUAAGAGAAUAACAGCAAGUAGUCAUUGGUUGAUCUGGGCUUAGUUUUUGUCUAAUCCAACAGUUUGGGGCUAGAACAAUUUUCAAAACAGUCUUUAAAUACCUUUGCCCAAAUACUCCAGCUCCUUCCCAAGCUAGCACACAGCACACUAAUGCCCAUCUUAGCAAUGAUUUCAUAGCAGUUUGGAGACAUUUGCUCAUCUGUAUUUAAAAAAAAAAAAAAACCUGACUGCAUUUCCCUGUUUAAACAGCAUUUCUGCCAAAUUAGGAUGGGGGCCACAUGAUACUCAUUCAGAAAACAAAGCUAGAAAUCCUGAGCUAUUGCUGGGCCCAGACAGCCAGCUGGAGAGUAUAUAACCUGUGUCUGCAGAGAACUGUGACAAUGUUUUGCAUUUUGCAUUAUGGGCAACACAGAAACUACUGCAUCAAGAGUAAACAUUUAUGUAACCCCAGACCUCUGGACAGAGGACAUUUUCACAGCGAAUAAACAACUAACAUAAUACAAAAGGCUUCUAGGACUAAAAAAAUAUCCAGCAUUUGGGAGCAGUAUGCUUGGAGUCCAGCUCCCAUUCUGGAUAGCUAAAGCACCUGUAUGUGGCAUUUCUUUACUAUAGAUACUAAGGCAGUAAAAAAUUAAACUAUCUUCACACUGAGAGCAAAUCUCCUUUGUUCAUUUACCUGGAAACCAGAAUGAUUUUGACACUGGUUGGGUGCAGCCUAGAAAUUUUAACACAGAGGAAACUGCAGCUGUAUAAACUCCACUGUCAUAGAGGAUUGUGUAAUGGAGAAAAUAAAUGUACAGAGAAAAGAAAGCCUUGCAUUACCUUCAUUGCUGCCUCAUAAUUGUCAAAAAAUAGAAUUAUGUCAAGUCCAGUUUCAUAAUUGGCUUUUGACUCGAAGAAUUGGGAGGCAGUCCAAAAAAAAAAAUCUUAGGGUAGGGAUGACAGUUAUAUGAUCCAUUUGGAGUGGUAAAAGGAAAUUCUAUUACUGUUAUUUAAGUAAGGUAAAUCAUUUCCUGGAUUGUCCCAUAUUGUUACCUAGCAGAUAUAUGUUCUGCAAGGUUAUUGGCUUGCACUGUGCAGAUAGUCUGUAAAAACAUACAUACAUAUAUAUAUAUAUAUUGCAUAUGACAAACUUAGAAAUUUUGAUUUAAAACAGUUAACAUCUGAAGUAUGUAAUGCAUUACCUGUUUUUGUAAGGUAUUGAAUACUUAAUAUGUGGGAAACCCUUCUGCGUGACCCUUAGGCUUACAAUGUGCACUGAAUAGUUUUGUAUGACGAUCCAAAGAGGUCUUUGAAAUAUGCAUGUACUUUAUAUUUUCUAUAUUUGUAACUUUGCAUGUACUUGUUUUGUUGUAUAAGAAAUUUAUAAAUGUUUAAUAUCUGGCUACAAUUAAAGAGGAGCUAUGAUGAGCAUC